CCCCGCUGGCCUGUUUUGUCGCCCUUCCUCGGGUCUGGUCGCCCUUCCUCUUCGCUUUACCUCCCGCCACAAAGGGGGAUGGGAGUCCCUACAAAAGCCUGUUGAAUGAAUGAAUGAACUCUGAGGGCCUCUCCCGGGAUAACGUGGAGGGACAGAUGUUCCGAAAGGAGGGCGCCCAGGGUGUCGAUGCAUGCAGUGUCAAACACUAUUCAAAGUAGUAAUCAAAUCUCUUUCACCUAAAGAGUUAGUCCGGAUUCACACGUCCAAACCUUUGGACAGGAAUGAUGGAACGUUUUUGAUGCGGUAUAGGAUGUAUGAAACGGCCAUUGAAGGGCUGAAGAUAGACAUCCUUUAUGGUGAUGAGCAUGUAGCUCAGUCUCCCUAUAUUUUGAAAGGACCAGUGUACCACGAAUACUGUGAGUGUCCAGAAGAGACUCCUCAGGCCUGGCAGAAUACUCUUUCUUGUCCAACUAAUGAACCACAGAUUGCAAAAGAUUUUGCUUCUUUCCCCAGCAUCGAUCUGCAGCAGAUGCUAAACCAAGUUCCAAAAAGGUUUGGGGAUGAGAGGGGUGCCAUCGUCCAUUACACGAUUCUCAAUAACCACAUCUACCGGAGAUCUUUAGGGAAGUACACAGACUUCAAAAUGUUCUCAGAUGAGAUUUUGCUAUCACUGGCAAGAAAGGUCCUUCUCCCAGAUUUAGAAUUUUAUAUUAAUCUUGGAGAUUGGCCCUUGGAACAUCGAAAAGUCAAUGAAACUCCUGGCCCUUUACCUAUCAUUUCAUGGUGUGGUUCUCUGGAUUCACAAGAUAUUAUCCUUCCAACAUAUGACAUCACCCACUCCACACUUGAAGCAAUGAGGGGUGUUACAAAUGAUCUCCUCUCUAUUCAGGGAAAUACAGGGCCUUCCUGGAUCAAUAAAACCGAGAAAGCUUUCUUCAGAGGUAGAGACAGCCGAGAGGAGAGGCUCCAGUUGGUGCAGCUGUCCAAAGAAAAUCCAGAGCUACUAGAUGCGGGAAUCACGGGGUAUUUCUUUUUCCAAGAGAAAGAAAAGGAACUUGGAAAAGCUAAAUUGAUAGGUUUCUUUGAUUUCUUUAAGUACAAGUAUCAAGUGAAUGUGGAUGGGACCGUGGCUGCUUACAGAUACCCGUAUCUCAUGCUGGGUGACAGUCUGGUUCUGAAGCAGGACUCACCAUAUUAUGAACAUUUCUAUGUGGCACUAAAGCCUUGGAAACAUUACGUUCCGAUCAAAAGGAACCUUGGGGAUUUACUAGAGAAAGUUAAAUGGGCCAAGGAAAAUGAUCAAGAAGCCAAGAGAAUUGCAAAAGAAGGGCAGUUGACUGCUAGGGACUUGCUACAGCCACACAGGCUUUACUGCUAUUAUUACAGAGUACUGCAGAAAUAUGCUGAGCGCCAGUCCAGCAAACCUGAAAUACGUGAUGGAAUGGAACUUGUUCCUCAGCCAGAUGACAACACAUCCAUCUGCCAAUGCCACAGGAAAAGGCCAAGAGAAGAGCUCUAAGUCAGUCUGGAUUCAUACUCCUACUUAUGCUGGCUACAUCCUCAAUGGAAGCAUUCAAGAAAAUCUAAGCCGUGAAGACCACAGUUUAUAAGACUUUACCCAGAGAAGUAGUUCUCUUGGUAUCUUUAUAUAAUGUGGAUGGAUAGAGCAAUAUUAGAGCAAGUAUUACCAAAUACUUUCAGAUAUUAAUUUCUUUUCAGUAAGAACUGCUAUUAUCAGCAUCACAGUUUCUCUAAAAAGAAAACUUGGGGAUCGCAGUAGAGAGGCUUGCCAAAAUAUAAACCACUGUCUGCGAAACUAUAUACAUCAUAUUUAUUGGAUUGUUUCUAUCCCUUGUUCACUUGCCCUCUUCCCCUUCCAUUUAUGAAGGAAAAGUAUUUGUACAGGGUUUUUCAUCCCACUUGCUGGAUAGUUUCUCCUCCUACAAGCUGCUUUUGACAUUCAGUAAUAGCAAGCCCCCUCGUAGAUGGUCUGAUAAGAGUAAUUAAGGAAGAAGAGGAUGGCUCAGUUAUUAAAGUAGCUUGGAUUCUACGGAGGGAAUAUUUUUUUAGAGCUCACUCAUAUCUUUUCAGCUAAGUUUUACCAAUAUCUGAGACAAAAUUAAGAAUAAAUUGUGCCUUAAGCUAGUAAUUUCCAAUCUAUCUGGGUUGUACACCCAUCAAGGACAACACAGUUAUUAAAAUACAUCAGAGCAUCCUAUGAGUACCGUUCAUUAUCUAUAUAUUGAAUAGAUAAGAGAUAACUAUAGGGAGGUGAGGAUCUGUAAUUCUUUUUAAUUAUUAAAAAGGAUACUUGAAAAUCUCUGCAACCAACUGCAGAAGGCCUGGUAUCUCGAGAUUCACUAAUAAACUAACAAAGGCAAGCAUUCAUUCCUCACUGCACCCCUCCUCCAUUUCACUGGGUUGCAUUGCUAAGAUAAAAAUUUUGGAAAUUUCCUUUGCCUUUUAGGACUGGGUCAAGACUUAAGACUUAUAGCCCAGAAGUUCAUUACAUACACCUUGUAAUAUAACACCAUCAAUCCAAGAUUCAGUUCACUAAAGGACACACUCCAAAAGCAAGAGCUGUUCACACUCCCAAUCUAAAAAUAUUUACCUCCCUAAUUGAAAUAUUUACUUAAUCUGGAAAACAGUGAAAGCACUUUAAAGUAGCUGUAGCUAUUAUAUUUUGAAAAUUAAUAAUUUUUUUAACUAGAUAAAAGCUAAAUCACAUUUAGGAACAGUGUAAUCAAAGCCAAGUAUCCAUGAAAAACUCUUAAUACCCACCAGCUAUUCAAAAGCACAAAUGUCCAAGUAUAAAAUAAAGAGCAAGCUAUACUGAGACUAUAGCCUAAUGAGUCUGUGUCCUACGUAUUGUACUUGGAGUUUGGGGUUCAUCAAAACUGAGAUUAUGGAAAGAAAGUUUGCUUUCCCUCACAUCUCCCAGACCUCAAAUCCCGGGUCCUUCCUGAUGGCUAAUCGUAUUUUGUUAGAAACAUCUUAAAUUUUGAAAAUUUAUGUGACCUGCUACCAAACAGGCCUGCUAGUUAAAAGUGAGCUGAGACAAACCAGGCAGCUUCUGGGUGUGGAACAGGGAGGAUGUACCUAAGGAGUUAAGUGGAGCCCCUCACGAAAUUCCAUAGUGAGAAAGCAGCCUUAAUCCUGAUACUCCUCCAUCACGUCAACUCAGUCAUAGCCUUUAAAAAGAUUUUUAUGUGGCUUUCUGGUUUGUCGACAUGAAUAUAAUUUAGUAAAAAUGGGAUUACUAAAACCAUGAUUCUUUCCUUUUCAGUUAACAUUUUAGCCACAUAUUCCAUUAGUCAUUUUUAAUACUUCAACUUUCAUGAAAAAACAUCUGAUUUUUAAAAAGAGGGCAGGGAUGUAAGGAUAUUCAAGUAAAUAUAAUAACUGUGUUUGUCUAAGCUAUGGACAUGUUUGUGCAACAUUGUUUUUAUUAAUAAAAUGUUAGAAACACUUUAGCCAUCAUUAGGGAGUUGGCAAGAUAUUGAUACAUCAAGGAAUACAGUACAACCAUUAAAAAGAAUGAAGUAGCUCAAAAUGUACUAUCAUGAAAGAUUUCCAUGACAGUAUUCAGUGAAAAAAAUAAGUAAUGAACAAUAUGUGUAAUGUGAAAACAUUUAAAUAAAAUAAAAAUAUA